UCGCUAAAGGAGACACACUGCACUGGUGCACAAAGGAGCUUGCCUUGGUGCAGUUCGCUGGAGGAAGUUACCAGAGCGAGCCACACUGCUCCAGCGCAUCUCCAGGAGGUGUUUGCCCGGAUGUCACUGCGUCACUGUGAUUAUACUGGUGCAGAUUGCUCUGAUACAGAUGGGCCCUGAAUCCCAGCUCCCUGCUGUAAUGGCAGGCUGUUGCAAUGGGCAGCAUUGGCUCUCACUGUGUAAGGUGGGAAUCUGUGAACUUAGGGUUGGUUACACACCUGCAGGUGCAGGGAGCUCUGCAGAACAUGUGGCAUCUGACCUGGAGAUGGAUGGUGGAGACAGCCUGUGCCAUCAACUGUUAGUCACUGACUUCUCUGCUCAGUUCAGUAGGGCAGGGGUGUGGGCUACCGUGCACUGGACAGUUAAAUCUACAGGGUCAGACAUGCCUUGUGCGUGAGGUGAACACAUGCUCGUUUUCUGAUCACCGCUGCCACGUUUCCUAACUCUUCCAGACUUAGAGUGUCUGUUCCUCGCUGAGCGCCAGCCACAUGGGAAGGCUUGAAAACCAGCUACCGAGUUACUGUGGUGCAAAAAAAAGUGAUGUGCUCAAAAACAUCUGAAGGGGUUUGAGUCCGACUCCUCUCAACUAGACAGGCCUUUCAGAUCCUCUUUGGGGUCACUUAUGGGUGACCCCACUGCUGCUCUUUCAUGGCUCUGAAAGGGUUACACUGCGGUGAGGGCUUCCAGAAAGUGCCUUUCUUGCUGCUGUGUUUGGGGAAAGAAAAGUCUGCAGGCAGGAGGUGAAUUAAGUUCCAUCAUUCCCGGCCCACAGUGCAACAGGUCACUUCCGGUUGCUGUGGUUUCUGGCGCCCCCUUGUGGCUUUCAUGUCCCUGCGUGAAAGUUCCCACGUUCUUCUCAGUUGUUCACGGGCUGUUUGUUGCUAGGUUGAACGUCCAGCUGCUGAUCUUGUGCCUGGGGUGAAAUGCUCUGAGCUGUGUCAGUCCCUCCCAGGCUGGGAGUGUCCCUGGAAUCCUUCUUGCCAGGCAAAUUUACUGUGACUAACGUCUCCGUCCCCCUGCGUCUGAUUGCCGUGGACCAGCCCCAGCUGGGGGUCCCAGUAGGCUUGGCAAGCCGGGCAAUUGACUGCCUGUUUGGCCACAGUCAAAUACUCCAGCGAGAGCCCUGGGGGUAGGAGGCAGCCUGCCUUUCGGAUUGCGUCUUGGAGCCUCGCUGGUGUUUUUCAGAACUUGGCUUCAUUGUUUUGCCUUUUUUUUCUGAGUUAAAAUAACUCAGUGAAAUACAUUUUUUAAAAAAUUAGGUAGAUCCAUAUCUAUCUAAAGCUAAACCUACUGGAGACAGUAACGUCUUGCUCUUUUUUGUUCCUGGCGGGAGGUAACCAAUUCUGAUAAAUUGGUAUUUUAAAAUAUCUGACCACUCUUUGACAGAUUUGACUGGUCAGUUGACCAAUUUUUAUACCAGUCAAAUGCCCAAUUCUAGAUGCAACUCUUACCCUCCAUGUGACUGUCUCAUUCUCAAUGCUGGUGUUUAAGCUUUCAUCAGCUGAUCGGUGCCCCCCUGCUGGCCCCUCGUGCCCAGACGGCUGGAUGGGAUACCGAGGGAAAUGCUACUAUUUCUCAGAGACGGAAGGGAGCUGGACUGACAGCCAGAGCCGCUGCUCUGCACCGGGUGCCUCCCUGGCUGGGAUCGACGGUGAGCAGGAAAUGGCGUUCCUGCUGCGCCAUAAGGGUGUCCGGGACCACUGGAUCGGCCUCCGGAGGGAACAGGGUCAGCCCUGGAAAUGGGCCAACGGCACCGAAUUCAACCACCUGUUUCAGAUAAGAGGAGGAGGUGACUGCGCGUAUCUGAAGGACGAGAAAGGGGUCAGCAGCUCACGGUGCUACAUGGGAAGACGGUGGAUCUGUAGGAAACCUGAGGUGUAUGUGAUGAGAAAAGAGACUGCACUGGAAGGGGGCUCGAAAUGAGACUCCUAGAAAUGACACUGAUCCAACUCACAUCUACUUGAACGAGCCAAGUCCCCAUUCGUCAGCCUGGCCAGGAUCUCAAAAUCAGGCAGCGGGGCCCUCAAGCGAUAAGUGUGUCUCGUUUAAACUGUGGAUUCUUCGUACGUGCCUUCUGCUUUUGAACCUUUAAACUCAGGGUCACCUUGUCAAGCUUUUCUCUGCAGCUGAGAGGGAGUGGUCUCCUGAGAAGGAGUCUCAGCCACACGCUGGGGAAAUGAGAGAAGGGAAGGCCUUGUUCGUUUAGACUCCAGAACAGCAUUUCUCAAAUGCAGCCACCCGCUGAGUGUUUUGCAGCCACAAGAGCCUCCAAAGUGCCCCAACAAUCGCUGAGAUGUUAAGUAUUAAAGGUGCCUUCUAAAUGCCAUAAAUCCCAGUGCGCGCUCCCUUUUACAUAGCACCAUGCCGGCAGAGCUGAGCUACAUCGGUGUGGUUUUCUUUCAAGUCACAAAGUGUAUUCUUUGGCUAAGAACAUAAGAACGGCCAGACUGGGUCAGAGCAAAGGUCCAUCCAGCCCAGUAUCCUGUCUGCCGACAGCGGCCAACGCCAGGCGCCCUAGAGGGAGUGAACCUAACAGGCAAUGAUCAAGUGAUCUCUCUCCCGCCAUCCAUCUCCACCCUCUGACAAACAGAGGCUAGGGACACCAUUCCUUACCCAUCCUGGCUAAUAGCCAUGAAUGGACUUAACCUCCAUGAGUUUAUCCAGUUCUCUUUUAAACCCUGUUAUAGUCCUAGCCUUCACAACCUGCUCAGGCAAGGAGUUCCACAGGUUGACUGUGCGCUGUGUGAAGAAGAACUUCCUUUUAUUUGUUUUAAGCCUGGUACCCAUUAAUUUCAUUUGGUGGCCCCUAGUUCUUGUGUUAUGGGAACAAGUAAAUAGCUUUUCCUUAGUCACUUUCUCCGCACCACUCAUGAUUUUAUAGACCUCUAACCACUGUGUUUACAUCUCAUGUUACUGUAGGUCUGUAAGUGGCUAUGGGCCAUCUCACUGCGUGCUGUUUGGGUAGGUUGCGAUUGUUCAUGGGGGUGGGGUGGGGGAGGUGAAAGAGUUAAAAAUGUGACUGGGUAUCAGAAAGUAUUUCAGAUAAUCUAGUGCCAGAAAAUGACCUUGAAUGUGACAGCAGGUGGCUCCUCUGGGACCUUCUGCUAAGAAAAGCAAAACAUAGAAAGAAACAUGAACACUUCAGCACCGGGGGGAAAGGCAGUUUCCUGUGUUUCCGAAGCCAUCCGAUUCCAUUUCUGAGCAAGUUGCAGUGUGAGAGAAAUUCAUCAAAUUGAAAUUUAUGUAGUGCAACGUCUCUACAGCACUCAUACAAAGGAAGUUGAACAAAAUUACCACGGUGAGCUUCAGAGGAGCAAGCUGUUAAAUGAUGCAAAAACCAAGCUGAAAAGACAACAGCAACGGCUCAGAUUUUGUUGUUACUAUUAUCAUUAUUAUUACUGGGAGAGGUUGAUUGGGUUUUUUUGUCUGUGAAAGAAACUUUGGACAUAUUGGCAGAUACAUUCUUUCAUUAUUAGUCAUUAUCCUUUCUAUUAUGUAAAGCAUUUUUACAUUUAGUUCAGAAUUGUUGUACAGCUCCACCUUUGACCAAAAAAGCAAAAGAACAACAAAAAAGACAAGACUGUGCAAAGCACUGGUUUGUUUUGUGUUUAGGUCCAGUAAAGAUAAGACACAACUGUACCUUAUAUUUAUUAUUGAGUCUGCAAAAAAUCCCUAUGUAAAUAUGCAAAUGUAAUUUAUUUAUUUGUUUUUCCUACAGUUAGUUAAGUAUUGUCAGAGCCUCAUUUUGAGGCUGCCAAAACUUUGUGAGAACCCCGGCUCUAGAAAGCGUUAGGAUUUUGUUUUCUAUGUAACCAUUACUUUCCAGUAUUUGCAAAAAGAAAAGGAGGACUUGUGGCACCUUAGACUAACCAAUUUAUCUGAGCAUAAGCUUUCGUGAGUUACAGCUCACUUCAUCGGAUGCAUUCAGUGGAAAAUACAGUGGGGAGAUGUAUAUACAUAGAGAACAUGAGACAAUGGGUGUUACCAGUAUUUAUUCGCUCUCGCUUGCAUCUCUGUUCUUUGAUAAUAAACUCAUUCCUGUUCUCUGUAUAUCGAAGUGCUGUGCUCUCAAUAGAGAGGUUGGCCUGAAUUGAAUCUUACAAGCUGCUGUGGACCGCGCCUGAGGGAUUAGAGUCACAGUUCUGCAUGUGCUCCGUGGAACGGGCUGAGCACUCCAGAGGGACGCUCAGAGGCUUUGGGGGUGUCUAUCGCUAACCUGUACACAGAGAGCGAGGCCUACAGGGGGCUGGAAGGUCAGGCCUGCGCUGCCAGGGGUGGUGGUUUGAGAGAGCUGACCCAUGGCAGGCCUGGACAAGGCUCCCCGAAAGGUGCCUCGUAUGCCUGCUAUGAAUCGCUCAAACGGGCACACAUCCCCGGCUCAUUCCACCCCUGCACCCCCCAGGUACAACCCGCACAAGGCAUUCGACCAGGAUGAGGAGAACACCUGCAAUGCCCUGUCACCUGACGUGCUGAAUUUGCCUCUGAGUUCUUUCCCCUGGUACAGCCUUGUUCCAGCUCAGGUGGUAACUCGGGGAUUUCUUAUGACUGGCAGCCC